AUGGCUGCGAUCGAAAUGGCCCUCCCGACUCGGAUCGAUGCACCAGCCAACGCGCUCGAAAGCAAUUCCGAGUCUCGGGGUGUGCCAAUGUCGUGUACGCCCGCCAGUUGUGCGUCCGGCACGGAGGCAAAAAGCAAUGCCACCCAUGGGGACGAAACCAUCAAGCGAUUCUGCAGCAUCGAAGGCUGCCGUCGCCAGGCGCAUGCCAAGCGUUUUGUGUCCAUCACGGCGGCGGGCGGCUCUGCCAACACGACGGAGGGUGUGCGCACCACGCCCGAGCGGGGGGAUUUUGCCACAGACACAAGUAGUCGGCAGGUAAUGAACGCCGACCGCGGCCGUCAUCAAGGGCGUCAUCACCUCCAUCGCCCCCUUUUUCCCACCUCGGCGUCGCGGGUGUUUCCGACUUCGUUCACAUCGUUACCCGCAUACUCCGAGUGGUGGACCCUCACCCAAGCCAUCCUGCACGAGCAAUAUCCGUGGCUCAAACAGCAACAUCCACUAUCGGACGUGCUAGUCGCCAUUCCCCCACCCGAUCCCCAAGUGUUUGUGCAAAUGACCAAGCCGUCCUCAUGA